AGUAUUAUAAACCAAGCAAAUCACAUGAAAUUGGAGGAGCCUCAUUGCACAUGAACAAAGUCAUUUGCUAGGAUCAUGGAUGAAAAGAGAAAAGAUGCUAAUGACAUACCACCAUCACGUGCACAAAUGUAUAUCAUGAGUCGUACAAAAAAAGAUGGAACUAUUGUUAGUGAGAAAGCAACUGAAGUUGUGGAACAAAUGAAGAUACACAUGAAUGACUCUGGUGAUUCUUCUAAUAAAAACGGAUGGUCUUGGGAAAAUGAUGUGUAUGCUAAAGUGAAAGGGCCUGAAAAAAGAGGGUGUGUGCGUUGUGUUGGGGAUGUUUAUGCAUCAUCUUCCAAAUCGAGUUCAUCAACCGAAAGAAAUGAGGAGGUCUUAAGUUUGAAGUCAUAUGUCAAUGGAUUAGAGCAAAAAAUAGAAUUACAAUCACAAGUGAUUAAUCAACAAUCACAAGUAUUAGCUGCUAUUAUUUCAUUGUUAAAUAAGAGAUUUCCUGAAGAAAAUGUUAAUGAUGUCAUGGGAGAAGUUAAUCGCUUGAUCAAUCAAGAGGCUGCAGAUGCUAAUAGUGCACCGAAUAACUCUCCAAAUAUAAACAGAUCUUCAAAUUCAAGUUUUCAGCCUAACAGCGUCUAAGGAGAUACCUGAAUUUUGUGGUUCUAUGCUGUUAUGCAAGUCCUGAUUUUAUACGAAUAUUGGCAACAUAUUGCAAUACUUCAUGAAUUCUUUCAUCUGGGCAGUUUUUUUAUCCUUUUUGUUGGAUGUUAUAGGUUUGCAGCCCUUGUUAAAUUGUUUAUGUUAUCUUUGUGAUUGUUAGCCAUAAUGGCUGAUUGAUUAGUGCAGUUUAUGUAUCAUUGAUUGAAACCAACUAA